GCCCGCUCCCGGCUCCGGGAGGAUGUGGGUCCUCGGCAUCACAGCAACUUUUUGCGGAUUGUUCUUGCUUCCAGGCUUUGCGCUGCAAAUCCAGUGUUACCAGUGUGAAGAAUUCCAGCUGAACAACGACUGCUCCUCCCCUGAGUUCAUCGUGAAUUGCACGGUGAACGUUCAAGACAUGUGUCAGAAAGAAGUGAUGGAGCAAAGUGCAGGGAUCAUGUACCGCAAGUCAUGUGCAUCAUCAGCGGCCUGCCUCAUCGCCUCUGCUGGGUACCAAUCCUUCUGCUCCCCAGGAAAACUGAACUCAGUGUGCAUCAGCUGCUGCAACACCCCUCUUUGCAACGGGCCCCGGCCCAAGAAAAGGAGCAGUUCUGCCUCGGCCCUUUGGCCGGGGCUUCCCACCACCAUCCUGUUCCUCAAAUUAGCCCUCUUCUUGGCACACUGCUGAAGCUGAAGGAGGUGCCAGCCCCUCCUGCAUUGUUCUCCUGGCCCUCACGCCCCACUCUCCCUGAGAUUCUUCUGGGUGUCCCUUUUUUCUGGGUAGGGAGGGGAGUCUCUGUUUUCUUUUAGUUCCUUUACAGAUAAUGAAAGAGCUCAGUGUAAAACGUUUUUGUAAGCUCUGAAUACAUUCAGUCUGACUGAAUUUUCAGUGUGUACUUAAAGGAAGGAAGGGGAUGGAAUGCAAGUUCGCGCCC